AUGACCAAAGGAGUUGAAAAGUUUUUUGAUGUGGUAGGACUAGAAGUAAAUCCAGCAAAGUCAGCCACUAACACCGAGGUAUGCACUGAUAAACCGGCGCUAUUAGAAGAAACUCAAGGGUAUAAAUACCUUGGAAUAGUGGAAGACAGGACUGAUAUAACAUAUUUUGGCACUGCGUUGUUAGAUGAUGAUAAUGAUGAUGAUGGUAAUAGUGAUGAUGAUGAUGAUGAUGAUGUUGGUAAUGGUGAUGGUGAGUUGAUAGUUGUAACUGAAUGA